ACAACAUCCAACCUAAACCUCCAUCCGACCAAUGCUGCGUCAAGCCUGGCGGUUUCUCCCCCGUCCAGCGCAUCCAACCACUCCCGCGGCGCCACGACUGAUUGGUGCCACACUUCAGGCUAUUAGUCUUUCUAUCCCCGCCGGUGUUGUCACAGCGCGCUGAGGGCUACCCAGCUUGGGGCUGGUGAAGGAAGAGUCUCCCCCACCUUCUUCAGGAACAAGCCACGCUCAUCCCUCUCAGUUCUCUCUAACCCACAGCAGUAAAAUGAUGUUUCAUUCUGCUCCAAAUUACAUGAAACAAUCCGCGAAGAUGGGUCCUGACCCCUUGCAUCGUCCAUGUCGUCAUUCUAGCUUCCUUAUUUUCUCCGGAAGGGCAGCCAAUUGGCCAAGUUGGUCCACCCAACUGUCAAUAGGCAUAGCAAAGCUUAGGAACUCAAAACAACCCGUCGUGGACAGAACAGCCUAAUCACCAGGGCGAAUAUUGGUGUAAAAAGGCUUCUAAGCACCUAACUAGGUUCCCUUUGGCACUAGUUCAACCACUUUUCGGCCCGUUCCGAGAGCCUGGUCGCUUUUCUCCAAAACUCGUAUCUCCCUUUUUGUCACUCUUCAGAAAGGAAGAAAAAAAAUGAGGCGAGUUGACAGGGUUGCCCCUCAGAUGUUGGACAAAAAUAGCAAACAGACCAUGAACACUGUCUUGCUGCCUUCCUUCUGCCAUUUUCCCUACCUGGAAUGGUGUGCUAUGCUUAGUUGCUAUUACUAUUAUUAUUACUAUUAGCAUUAUUAUUAUUAUUAUUAUUAUUAUUAUUUCGUCGAUAAUAAUGCUGCGCAGUACAAGCUGCGGAAUUGCAUGUUCUGGCACCCACUUUGGCGACCCAACUAGGCCUUUGUCAGGUAAGAGUAAUAUCUCCGACUCGAUCUUGACCGCUUGGGCUGGUGGCCUUCCGUCAUUGGGUAUUUCGCAUAGUUUACUCUGUCUUUUUUUUGCUUUUUCUCUUUCUCUUCCUUUUUCUUUUUUUCAAAUUACAAUUCUGCUCUCCAAGUCGAUGAUGAAUGGAAUGUCCAAUCGAAGGGGUCCGUGUUUCGAAAAUCCUCCACGUGGAGGUUGUUUUCAAGCACCGAGUCCAAGUGGCAGUUUUACUCGUCCUGCGUCAUCGUUUAUUGAUAGUAUCUUCUAAGACCUGUCUCCCUCGAGAACUUUUCGGUGUGCACGGUUCAGAUUGCUCGCAUCACUUUUACACUCAUACCACAUUCAAAAGUUAGCCUCCCCCCCCCCCACGCAUUCUACCUGGCGAUUGGUGGCUCGGUUCCUACCUCUGAUCAUCAGGGUCCUGGCCUGUGUCCCAAUGUCACGUGUUGGACCAUACGAGGCAUGGCCAUAUUUAAGCCCUACUUGGAGAAACCGAGAUGGAUGCUCUCGAGCAGACAUACUUGCAGCAUUGGAAAAGGGUAUAUAUAUGUCCUCCCGGGGUUGUCAUUUCUUCCCGUGUGUUCAAGUCAGUUUCAACAACAACUUAAACCUAUAUCAUAUAUAUACUCAUAUUCGCCAUCUUUGCUUUGCAACCUCCUCCUCCCUUACCCUCAUAACCUCUCACGAAGCAAACCAAUCACUCCCCUAUCCGUACACACGGUCUUUCUUUUGUUUAGAAUCUGGCAUUCUUCUCAAAAGCUACAACCGCUACCAUGGCUCAUAGUCGCAAACACCAACAGCCCCAAUACACUUCCGUGAGUCGCGAAUUGCCUAUCACAGGCUAUCCAAACCCAUAUCUGACCGAAUCCGUGACCGCCCAGUAUCAUACGCCUCGCUCACAAUACCCAUUGCCGACCUCUGUCGCACCGGCCAUGAGCUACUCCUCGUCAACGGACAGCAACAGUUCCACGAGGACGGCAUCAAGCAUGAUCUCAACGAGUAGCGGACAUCAGCAACAAACGGCAUAUUACAGCUCUCAUUAUCCCACAACGUCGGCUGGUUUCACAGACCCAAUCUAUCAACAACAACAACAACAACAACAACGGCAGGCAUCCGCUAGCUACACGACUAGCCCGGAGUAUGUACUGGUCACAGAGGAGGCUGCAACGACACCGUCAAGGCCAGCAAGGGCUGCGGGUCUAGAAAGAUCCGGCAGCAGAUACGUCUGCAUGUUCCCGCGCUGCGAAAGCAGUUUCAGUCGCUCCGCAGAUCUCAGCCGCCACUACCCCACCGUCCACUUCCCGGACUCUGUCAGACUCGACUGCCCCAAGCCCAGAUGCUCGCGAAAGGGUGAGCAGGGCUUCACGCGCCAGGACCAUCUCAACGAGCAUCUGCGCCAGUACCACAAGGAGCCCGUCACUAAGCGGAGAUCUUCGAAAUCUUCCUCGCAGCGCCCGGAGACAUAUCGCUAGAUGAUCUAGUUCCCGCGUGUUUCUGUUUUCCCAUACUCGAUCGAUGGGACGGCGGAUAUAUCACCCUGCCGUGACCCUCCUAAUAUGCCCUAAUAAUUUUCCCGGCAUAUUUUUUUCUCACAUGUCGUUUUCCGAUAUUAUAAUAUUUUCUUUUCCUGUCACUUGCUGGUCUGGAGCUGGUUCUCGAAAGCCUACAAAUGCGGGGAAAGAAAGCCAGACGGUGAAUGAAUGAUACGCUACUCGCUCAUUUUUUGUCUGGGCGAUUAUGCUUAACGGUCCCACCGCCGACUGCGCUUCUUUUGAAUUUCCUUUGUCUUCUUCUCUUCUAUCGUUUAUAUUCUGCCUUGUCAGUUAUUAUUGCUAUACUUAAUAUUUUCUUUUUCCUGUUGUUCUCUCUUGGAUUGUUUCCUCUUGCCUUUAUCUGCAUUCUGUUUAUUCUUCCUUUUGAAAUUUUUACAUAUUUUCCCAAAUGCUUUACACAGCGAGCAUCAGAUUGGAAAUGGAACGGUGUUAUCUAUCUCUAUUUCAUGAGCGGAGGGUUCUAUUGGAUUUUCACACAGGAUUUUUUUUUUCCUUUCUCACUGUAUGAUAUAUUCUUGAUAUAUUCUAUUUUUGCCUCAAUUUAUUUUCCAUUCUUGUUGUCUCUUUGCUGCCUUUGAAGCGUCUGCGUUUUCCUGUAACUAUAUGUUUACUACUUCAAGUAUCACUACAUAUCUUUAUUCUCUGAGUUUUACUUUUAUUACUUUCUGCUGCUAUGUCUGUUACUGUAUUUAUGUAUAAUUUUGUAAUGCAGAAUUCUCAAAGCAUUCUAUUGUAGUUAUGUGUCUCUCUUACUCUAUCUAAUUCUUGAAGUUGAUUUUAGGUAGAUCAGAUCAUAGUUAAGGUUUUAUUCCUGUUUGCAGGAUGUCUUUUCUAGGGUUAUCUUCUGUUCUAAUGAUUUAUCACGUGCUAAACUUUUCUUCGUGCUUGCAUUUCCCCAUUUCCCGUAAGUUACAUAACUAAAUCUACAUCUGGGGUGGUUAAUUACAGGAUUUGAAACGUGAAUCCAUACUAGAUUAUACUGAUA